GCAUAUUCACAGAGUUACAAACUUGACCGAAGUCGGAAACGAAAAUGGCACCGCCUUUGAGAACAUUAUUGACUAAAAUGGCAGAAGGAGGCGAAUACAGCAGUGCAGUGCUAGGAUCCAAUGAAAUAUUUGAGUACACGUGUACCCCAUGCGCUGAUGAUGGUACCAUUGUGGAGUCGUUAAAAUAUUGCUCUGAAUGUAAAGAGAAUCUAUGUGCAGCGUGUGUGAAAUAUCAUCAAAAAGUGUCCGCAACGAAAAAACACACGCUACAAGAUAACGGAUUCCAGAGAUAUGAGGGAAAUUCCGUAGAUUCUACAUCAGAUGAGGACAAAUUGUUUAAAUGUCUCUACCAUCCAGACAGGGAUAUUGAGAUGUACUGCGAUGCUCAUAAAAUGGUGUUUUGCUCUCUAUGUAUAGCUAAGGACCACAGGCAAUGUAGUGGAAUUCUAGAGCUUGAAGAAGCAGCUGAAAAACAUCCUGUAAAGAAUAAAGACGAAACAUUGCGACAAAUCGACUCACUGCAAACAGAUUUACAGGCAAAGAAACAAAAGAAAGAAGUCAAUUUGAUUGCACUUGAUCAGGAAAAGAAUGAAAUUCUAAAAACCAUUGACAACAAGGAACGUUUGAUCAUUGACAAAGUCAGAGACCUAGCUGCAGAUGCGAAAGCAAAGACAUGUAUUAGAUAUGAUGAUUUGAGAAAGGAUAUUCAGGACGAAAAGUCCAUUCUUUUGCAAGCAAUUACUGAUACCAGUGAAUUGAAGGGUAAGGUUAAAGCCGAAAAAGAGUUAGAUGCAAAGCAACAAUUUGCAGGGUAUAUUUUACAAAAGGAUAUUAUUUUACAAACGGAGAAAAUAAUUGAAGGCGUCGAGGAAGAUGAACGGAAAAUGAAAUGUUUUAUGAACGACGAGUUGAUACAACAAGUUACGUCAGCUGACUGUCUUGUUCAAAUUGUUGCAAAUACACGCGGAAAUAAAACGAAAGACAAGAUAUUGAGCAAGAAGUCACAAAAAGAAGUAGUUAUUAAAGGAAAUCGAGACAAACAAACAUGCAGCAUAUAUGGAAUUUGCGAGCUUCUUGAUGGAACAGUCAUUGUAGCUGAUCACUCUAAUGAUAAGCUGAAAAGGCUGAGUAAGGAUUUCAUAAUCACAGAGGAACUUGAUUUAAAUUCAACUCCAUUAGGAAUGUGCUUGACUGGAAAUUCUGAAGUAGCUGUUAAGCUUAAAAACCAAACAGUAUUGUUCGUUUCCAUCAAUGAUAAAUUCACAAAAGGACAUUCAAUAAAUUUAGAAAUUGACAGCAGUAUUGGACUUGCUUGUCUUCACAAUGAACUGUGGUGCUCAGUUGAUAACGUCAUUAAAGUUUAUAAUAAACUUGGUAAAGUCGUGAAAUCUUUUUGUAGUGAAUCAUUUGAAGGAACAAAAUUUAAACCAAACGAGCCAUUUCUUUACCCAGUUGACGCUGAUAAUGAGUUUGUUUAUUUGACCGACGUGAACAGUCAAGUAUCAUGCAUUGACAAGGAAGGAAACGUGUGGUCGAUUAUAAAUUUUGAAAGACUCGAACGAGUAAGGAGAGGUUGUAUAACACAAAGUGAUAUCAUUUUCCUCGCAGGAUAUACAUCAGGCAAUAUAAUGAUGUUCAAUAAAAAUGGGAAAUGCUUAGGAGAAUUGGUUGACGGCUUAGUAAAUCCAGACUCUUUGUGUUACGUCAGCAGGACUAGACAGCUGAUUGUUGGGCAUAAAAACAAGGAUAUAUUAACAAUUAUCGAAACGGAUUAACGCUAUGACUAUAUGGUGGAUUGAUGGACAUUGCACUUAUCCUAAAAAUAUUGAAUAUUUAAUUGAUGUUGCAAUAAUAUCUUGUUAGCCAUGGUCAUAUAUAUUCAAAACUUUUGGUACUUGUGACAAACAUCCGGACUUUCCAAUAUCGUUUUCUUCUCCUAUCAGAAGCAUGUUCAUCAUAUCCAUUUUUCUGGUAAUAAAAUAAUAGAACUGGCAAUGCCUCCCAAUUCAAACCAAUGUUAUCUACGAAAUACUUGAUUUGUGAUUUGUUUCACAAGCUUUACUGAUUUUGUCACAAACCAAUAAUGCCAUAUAAACAUCAGAAAUGGUUUUGAUAUUUAACAUUCAUAUUUGGAUAACGGAAAAAUAAAGUGGAACAAUACAGAA